AUGGCACAAACCCCCGCCUGGAACAAACUACAAUCAGGUGCUCCUGUCUAUCAAACAAAUGAUGGACUUGGUUUAUCAUCAUAUUUUACACCUGCUCCCCGAUUUGGAUUUGGUGUUACAACUGUAUCUUCCAGAAUUGAAACCGGACUUACGAGUUUUAAUCCUUCAAAUUUAGCAGUACAUCGGGGACAGCUGGCAGCUAAUAUCACAAUGGCAACAAAAUUUUCUGAUCUCACUGAGCAAGAUCAAAAUUCAAUUAUUGACAUAGAGCAAUACAUUCAAAAUCAGAAAUCAAUAAUGACAAAUAUCGAGUCCACUCACAUAUUGAACUUACAUGAAUAUGUGAAUAAAAUUACUGAUGAAUCUCGAGCAUUAUUUCAGAAGAUGAACACUUUCAAGAAUGAACUACAAACUGUUCAUAAUCAAUUAAACGAGCGAUCAAAGGAUCUAGAGGAUCAAAUCCCAAUUGUUGAUAUUGGUAAACGUAUUUACGAGGAGGCUUCUAAAGGACUAUCCGAAAAUAUUUUGCAACUUGGAGAUAAUGAAAUAGAUCGAUAUUUUUCUUCGUUGUUUCGACAAGGUAGUGAAAUCGAGAAUACAGAUCUUGCCGCACUUAAUGAAACAUUGUUUUGCCAAUAUCAAAGUUUCAUAACUAUUACUGGAAUGGUAGCAACAUUACAUGAAGAAAUAGAUAAUCUUCGAAAAGAAUAUUCAAAUUUUCGACGAUUUCCUAGUUGUUCUAAUUCAUUUGAAGUACAAAAAGAGCAAAGUUUAUUAAUUUACAAAUUUUCGCAAAUAAGAUUCGAGGGUGACUUGCUUCGAUGA